AUGUUAAAGAUCGGAUUGCGCGCAAAACCAACAACAUCCAUAAGACCGCUUGCUUCUCGUGGCUUGUUCAUCAAGACCAUUCCACAGCCACCAGGAAACAUCGUGGGAACCGUGAACGAUGCUUACGUUCCCCCACCGCCUACCAAGUCCCAUGGGUCCUGGCACUGGACCGGGGAGAAGAUUGUUACUAUCGGCAUGGCCCCACUUGUUUUGACUCCUUUUGUCACAGGUACUGCGUACCCGCUGGCCGACUCCAUCAUGGGCACUCUUUUGUUGUACCACUGCUACGCCGGAUUUGAGAGUUGUAUUAUCGAUUAUAUUCCACUCAGAGUGUACGGUAUCUGGCACAAGGCUGCGAUGGGUCUUUUGGGUUUGGGAACUCUUAUUGCCGGUUACGGUAUCUACGUGAUUGAGAAGACUGAGCAGGAAGGACUUGUGGGAAUCGUCAAGAAGCUUUGGACUGCUUGA